GGUGUUUCACGUGUGUAAUACGGCCUGUGGCCUUAAUGUGGACGAUCAAUAUAUGUUAAAUUUUUGGGUCAUUUGGAUGAUUUAAUGAUGCAAUGUGGGAGCAGAUUCUUAACUAGAAUAAGUUUUAAUCCACAUUUUUCAUGUGAUGCUACACAAUGUGUGAGGCUGUCCAUAUAUUUUGAAAUGUAUCGUGUGCUUUUAAUGUACCCAGACCCUUCUAAUAACUUACGGUGCCCUUUAUAAGCAAGUGCUUAUCAGAAUUUCUGAAUGAAGAGGGGUAUUUUACAGUUGUUAGUACAGUUUAUCAAAGCUACCACACAGUGACGCUAUAGACCGUAACACUGAAAAGUCGACGCUCCUCCCAGAGUAAAAACGGGAUGACUGUGGAUUUUCAUCACAAAGACACACGAGAAGAGAGGGGACAGCAUUGUGGAUUUCUCGUCUUUAAAAAUAUGAAAAUCCAAAUAGUUUCAUCUAAAAUUUUCCCACAUCUCGUCAUCCCUUGGUAGAAACGGCAUUGUGGAUGUAUGCUUUGUUCUUUUUCGGUGGAAUUAUGCCUUUACCGAAGAGCAGGAGGUCUAUUGUCACAUAUCUGGUGCUGUUGUUGGACUGUUACUGGGAAGCAGCGUCUGGGCAGCUCUCCUACUCUGUCUCCGAGGAGGUAAACCAGGGAACUAAUGUCGGAAAUAUCGCCAAGGACCUAAAUCUCAAUGUCCAGGAUUUGGAGUCCCGUUCGUUUCAGAUUGUUACAGGAUCUAAGAGGAAAUACUUCGAGGUAAAUCUAAAGACCGGAUAUCUGUAUGUCAAUGAGAGGAUAGACCGAGAGGACCUUUGCACAGAUGAACUUAAAUGCACCGUUAGCGUAGAGGCUGUGAUAAACAACCCAUUAAAGCUUUACCGCGUCGAGGUAGAAAUUAAAGAUGUGAAUGACCAUUCUCCAACUUUUAACACAAUAUCACAAGUACUGGACAUUGCAGAAAACACUUUACCCGGAUUUAGAUUCGCGUUAUCAGAUGCAAGCGAUGCUGACGUUGGUAAAAAUGGUGUUAGUACGUAUAAGCUCAGUCCAAAUGAAUACUUCAACCUUGCGACACACAAAAGAGGAGAGAGUGUAUCUCCAGAGUUAGUGCUGCAGAAAGCACUAGACCGCGAGAAAAAGCCACAGCUACAGCUCCUGUUAACUGCGGUAGAUGGGGGGUCGCCACCAAAUUCAGGCACAUCAGAAAUUGAAAUAAAUGUACUAGAUAUUAAUGAUAACGCGCCAGUGUUCAGCAGCACUCUAUACAAAGUUAAAAUCUUUGAAAAUAUCCCGACUGGUACAGCGGUCUUCACCUUAAAUGCGACCGACGCUGAUGAGGGAACAAACAGUGAAAUAGUAUACUCUCUUCGUAACAAGGAUCAGGACCAUAUCCUGGAUAUUUUCGAAAUAGACCCAGACACGGGGAUCAUUUCAGUAAAAGGAAAAAUUGACUAUGAGGAAAGAAAAGCUUUCGAGAUAAGGGCAGAGGCGAAGGACAAAGGGCAGCCUCCUAUGUCUGCUCAUAGUAAAGUGCUGGUAGAGGUAAUUGAUGUAAACGACAACGCUCCUGAGAUCACUGUGACGUCACUGCUCAGUACAGUGAACGAGGACGCUGGUGUAGGUACAGCUAUUGCACUUGUUUCUGUUCUAGAUAGAGACAGUGGCAAAAAUGGUGAAGUGAAAUGUGAGAUCUUAAACACAGUUCCGUUCAAAUUAGAGACAAAUUACAAAAAUUAUUUUUCUUUGGUGGUUGACGGGCAGCUAGACAGAGAGGUAACUCCCCAAUACAAUGUAACAAUUUCAGCUACAGAUGAAGGGACUCCUCCUCUUUCGAAUACCAGUACCAUUACUGUUUAUGUUUCUGAUGUUAAUGACAAUGCGCCCUAUUUCCCAGAACCUGUAAUUAAUGUUUACGUGAAAGAAAACAGCAAAGUAGGAACAGUUAUUAAAACAGUGACUGCAGUCGAUGCUGACAUCAGCAACAACGGUCAGGUGAGCUACACAUUUUUAGACAGUGCUAGUAAAUCUCUGCCCCUUCCAACACUGAUAAACAUCAACUCAGAGACUGGAGAUAUAGUCAGUUUGCAGGCCUUUAACUUCGAGGAGUUAAAAACAUUUCAGUUUAAAGUUCAGGCCACAGACUCUGGUGUUCCUCCGCUCAGCAGCAACGUGACUGUGAACGUUUUUAUCCUGGAUGAGAAUGACAACAGUCCCUCGAUUCUCGCGCCCUAUUCUGACCACGGCUCCGUUAACAGUGAGAGCAUCCCCUAUUCUGCUGAAGCGGGAUACUUUGUCGCAAAGAUCAGGGCUGUAGACGCAGACUCUGGAUACAAUGCGCUGCUUUCUUAUCACCUCUCUGAGCCCAAAGGAAACAACCUCUUCAGGAUCGGAACCAGCACCGGGGAAAUCAGGACUAAGAGGAGAAUGAGUGACAAUGACCUGAAAACUCACCCCUUGGUGGUGUUGGUGGCUGAUAACGGAGAACCCUCCCUGUCAGCUACUGUGUCUAUUGAUGUGGUGGUGGUUGAAAGCACAGCUGACAUCCAGACUCAGUUCAGACAUGUGCCCAUAAAGGAGGACAGCUUCUCUGACUUAAACCUGUAUCUGCUGAUCGCCAUUGUGUCGGUGUCAGUCAUCUUUCUGCUGAGUCUCAUCAGUUUAAUAGCUGUCAAAUGUCACAGGACAGACGGCAGUUUCAGCAGGUACGGCCCUCCAAUGAUCACCACCCACCCUGACGGGAGCUGGUCUUACUCUAAAGCUACUCAGCAGUAUGACGUCUGUUUCAGCUCAGACACGCUCAAGAGUGACGUAGUGGUUUUCCCCGCACCGUUUCCGCCUGUAGAUGGAGAACUGAUCAGUAUUAACGGAGGAGACACUUUUACCAGAACUCAGACUUUACCUAAUAAAGAAAAGGUAAGCUGUGUCCGAUUCCAUUGAUCUAAAAGAAUGAAUGUUUCACAUCUUUGCAUAACGCGCACGUUUGCUUUACGACUUUGAAACGUUUACAUUUACUGCAAGUUACUUUUU